GCCUUACUGUGCGAGCUGAGAGACAUAGUCUACGAGUACGCAAUCAUCACAUCCGCCAAGCAUGUCACCUGCGCUACCGUGCCUGAAUUCUACCGCGUAAGAUGGACUGAAUGACGCGACGGGUACAGUCCUUUCUGUUCAUGCGAUUGCCGCGUUCCAGAGACACCCCAUACUUCCUCAAUAAGCUCUGGUUCGGCAACGAUGUCACAUACGAAGCUGCCAUUGCGUUCUACCAGCUUGUUAUCAUAUCCGUAUCCCACCAAGAAGAUCUCAACUUCUGUUUGAAGACAGACGUCUUCCACACAGGUGUCGUUCCACGGCAACACGUCAAGUCUCUAGACAUAACGCUUACCUCAGAAGCAUGUCACGAGAGCGAGUUCGACUAUAGGUUUGGCCCUGAGAACGAACAACAAAUCCGUCACUUGAUCAAUACCGUACGUUGGCUGGACUCUCUACUUGGAUUGCCUAACCCAGCGAACUUGCGCAUCCAGGUAUUCGUCAAGGUCGCUUCCAAGAGGACUGCGGCGCAGCUGGAGGAACAACCUACGCCCCUGGUGAUGAAGAUGUGGGGCAGAGGCAACGAGAUACUCGUUAUGCACGAUCUCGACCCGGAGUAGGUUCCGUAUGCUGAAUACACGUUCGAGUUUUCCCGUGUCACAGCUCCUACGCCGAGUUGAUGAAGUUGCUACUUGACAGUACAAGUUAUCAGCCACGUCACAGAGGGAACACGCAGUGGGUCACGGACAUAGAAUGUUAACACAUGGCAUGGCGAAGGCGAAUACUAUGUACAGAUGACCUAGGGACUGAAUGGACAAACAAAAUAUGGCUCACGUCAACAUUGAGCUAUUAAUCUUCAU